AUGAGCAACAGACUUCCAAUAUUUCACGACAACAUGAACUUUCAAGAUAGAGGUGACCAGAUGUUGAGGGACAUGAAGCUACAGAUGGACAACGAUUUCAUGAGAGGAUUUGGAAGACCUUUUAGAAGCACACUUCCUCAUCAGCCGCCUAGUUGGUUUGGACCGAAUGAUUCAAUGGAUCGAGAUUUUUUCCAUCUCCGCCCCACACACACAUUUCCAUCAUCAACUUUCGAUUCUAAAGUUGGAAUGAUGCCAGGAAUGAGUUCACCUGGUCAAAUGGAGGUACUUGAUCCAAAAACUGUCAACAAUCUCUUCUUAGAAGACCCUGAAAACAAGAGCAGACUGUUCCAGAUGAGUUUCGAUGUUAAAGAUUAUGACCCUAAAGCAAUCCAGGUAAGAGUUGAAGAUAAAUGUCUGGUAGUUGAAGCAAAGCAGUCGGAAGUUAAAGAGGGAGGAACCAAGGUGGCCAGAGAAUUUUGCAGAAAAAUACAACUUCCUCCCGAGAUAGAUCCCGAAAAAUUAUCAUCAACUUUAUCAUCGGAUGGCAUCUUAUCAGUGAAAGCACCCGUUCCUCCGCAAUAUCAUCAUGUUCAAUCUGGAAAUGGUAGCAGCACUUUCCCCCACGCAACAAUGCAGCAGCAGCAACUUCAUAUGCCACAACAACAGUUUCCCAGCAACAACAAUACUUUUGUAACAACGUUUAAAACAUCACCACCUUCAUACCAACAGCAGCAACAGCAACGCGUACCAUUCUCAAGUGCUCCUCCAGACUUUCCUGACUUUUCACCCCCUGCCUUUCCAGUGAUCACAAACACACCCCUCGCUCAACCACCAUUCAUUUCUCCUCCGUCAUCAACCCUAACAUCAAACAGCUCAAACUUCACAGUGCCGGUCUUGAGUGCAGACAUCACAACAAAAGACCGUCCCAUGUUCACGGUACUCGCUGAUGGCUCUCGUAAAAGGAUGGACCUGCUUCUCGACCUCGGCAGGCAGUACACGGCCGACAACAUCAUGGUCAGAUUUGAUGAUCGUUCCAGGAGACUGACCAUUGAAGCUUCCAAGGAAGAAAGAGAUUCAAGUGGAAAAGUUUCCAGGUCUCAAACGCAAAAGCAGUACGAUUUAGCUGAAAAUAUUGAACCAAGUUCAAUUCAGGCCAUCAUGAAACCGGAAGGUCUUCUACAUAUCAGCGCUCUUACAUCCAUUUAUUGAUUCAAUAACAUUUGGGUGAGGUUAACGUAAAUGGAUUGUUAUAAAUUUUUCUGUAAGGCUGUGGCAAAUGAUUGCAAAAUAUGAUCUGAUCUGUAUAAAGUUGUUCUAUCUUCCAACCGCUGGUUUAAUGAUCUGAAAUAUAGAUGUGUUCAGUAUUUUAUAUUUAUAUUUUAAUCGCUAGAUCUUAUUCUUUUCGUAAAUUUAGUUGCAUAUUUAUGUCUAGCUUAUAAUGUAAAUGAUGACAAUACGAUGUUUAAAAGUCAUUAUAUAUGGUUAACACAAAUUUAAUGAUGUAUUUUUUUUUAAAUUUCACCCAAUGCUUGCAUUCAUUUAUUUUCAUCGAUGUUCAAGUUCACGAUAUUUAAUAUUUUAGUCAUAGCUCAUUUAAAUGAAAUGAUUCAAGUGUUUCGCACCAGAAGAUUUAAAAAACAUUUAUUUUGUACACUGUUUAAUAUAAUUAUUUAUUGAAAUAAUUUAUUUCAAUGAUUCAGAAUAGAAUCAUAACAAAAUAAUAAUAAUAAAAAUGAUUAUUCAUAAAA